AUGGUCCAUAAUCCAAGCAAGAGUAACCAAGAGUAUGCAGCUACCUAUUCAAGCACAGCGUUGAUGUGCUUCAUGGCUAGCUGCAUAUGUUUGGUCUUUGGGUUCUGCUUUGACCAUGACCUAUCCGACUGGUCAUUGAGCAGUGGCGUGAGACCUAUCUCCACCAUAUAUUCAGGAGUUUUCUGCUCAGCUCUAUCAUAUUUCGUGAUGAGUUGGUGCAUCCAGAGGGAGGGGCCUUUUUUUGUGUCAAUUUUCAAUCCAUUACCGAUUAUCGUAGUUGCCAUACUCAACUGGCUUCUACUUGGUGAAGAGAUAUUCACGGGAACUAUAGUGGGUUCAAUGCUGAUCGUUUUGGGGUUGUUUAUGGUGUUGUGGGGAAACUGGGUGGAGUCAAAGCGAGCAAGGGCAAUAAUAAACUCGGAGCAAGAUAUGGCUGCGGAAGAUUUGGAGUCCCAGCAAGAAAAAUGA